AUGUCUCCUCCUUUAAAUAACGCUGCCGACCCCGUUGAGCGGACUGCCUCUCCGUACAGCAAUCCGUACGAACUGGGUCCCAAAUCCAAGAUCCUCUCCUCCCGCACCUCCAACUACCACAGCACCAGUCUUCGAAACAUGGUUACCGUCAAUACCGUCAACAAGACCGCUCUUCACCCUGGCGGUGUCCAGCCGGUCAAAGAGCACACCGAGCUCGAGGAAGAGCUGCACGAGAAGGCACACAUCGACUAUGACCGUGUAGCAAUUGUUCCCAACCCCAGCGUCGCCGCCCUCUACGAAGAUGCCCUUGUAUACGAAACUGGCUCUGCCAUCACAUCCACCGGUGCCCUAACUGCAUACUCAGGAGCAAAGACCGGUCGUUCGCCUCUGGACAAACGAAUUGUCAAGGAGCCCGGCUCAGAAAAUGAUAUCUGGUGGGGACCUGUCAACAAGCCGAUGACACCCGAUGUCUGGCGAAUCAACCGUGAACGAGCGAUCGACUACUUGAACACACGAAAUCGAAUCUACGUCGUCGACGGAUUUGCAGGAUGGGAUAAGAAGUACCAAAUCAAAGUUCGAGUUGUUUGCGCUCGUGCCUACCAUGCUUUGUUCAUGCGAAAUAUGCUUAUUCGCCCUGAUCGAAAAGAUCUUGAGCAUUUCCAUCCUGACUAUACCAUUUACAAUGCCGGGUCCUUCCCUGCCAACAGAUACACGGAAGGUAUGACUUCAGGAACCUCGGUCGCGAUCAACUUCGCCGACAAGGAGAUGGUAAUUCUCGGUACCGAGUACGCCGGAGAGAUGAAGAAGGGUGUUUUCACUGUUCUCUUCUAUGAGAUGCCCGUCAAACACAACGUUCUCACCCUUCACUCCUCUGCCAACGAAGGCAAGAAUGGAGAUGUUACAGUUUUCUUUGGCCUUUCAGGGACUGGCAAGACUACACUAUCAGCCGACCCCAAUCGUGCUUUGAUCGGUGAUGAUGAGCAUUGCUGGAGUGAUCGCGGUGUCUUCAACAUUGAGGGUGGUUGCUACGCAAAAUGUAUUGGCCUUUCUGCUGAGAAAGAGCCCGAUAUUUUCGGUGCCAUCAAGUUCGGUUCUGUUCUCGAGAACGUUGUGUUCAGCCCUGAGACCCGCCUCGUUGAUUAUGAUGACUCGACUCUGACGGAAAACACUCGAUGUGCUUACCCCAUCGAGUACAUCGAGAACGCCAAGAUUCCAUGCUUGUCGACAAAUCACCCUACCAACAUUAUCCUCCUUACCUGUGAUGCUCGUGGUGUUCUCCCACCCAUCUCCAAGCUCGACUCCGCCCAAACCAUGUUUCACUUCAUUUCCGGUUAUACUUCAAAGAUGGCAGGCACUGAAGAUGGCGUUACGGAACCACAAGCAACCUUUUCAUCUUGCUUCGCCCAACCUUUCUUGGCUUUGCACCCAAUGCGUUAUGCGAAGAUGUUGGCUGACAAGAUUGAGCACCAUAAGGCCAAUGCUUGGUUGUUGAACACUGGAUGGGUUGGUGCCGGUGCUACCACUGGUGGCAAGCGUUGCCCACUGAAAUAUACCCGAGCUAUUCUUGAUGCCAUCCACUCGGGAGAGCUUGCGAAGGUCGAGUACGAGACCUACGAGACGUUCAACCUCGCCGUACCAAAGACUUGCACUGGUGUGCCCUCAGAACUGUUGAAUCCCCGAAAUGCAUGGACCGCUGGCCAUGACAGCUUCCGGGACGAAGUUACAAAGCUUGGCAAGUUGUUCAAUGAGAACUUCAAGAAGUACCAAGAUGAGGCCACUGCAGAUGUCAUUAAAGCUGGCCCCGAGGUUAAGGUUUAG